CAUUUUGCCUGCUUUGGCCUCCCAAAGUGCUAGGAUUACCGAUGUGAGUCACCAUGCCUAGCUGAAUCUAUUUUUUACACUUUUAAAUCUUAGUAGACAAUUUUCAGACUGUCCAACAACAUUAGAUGUGUUCAACCUCACUAGUUUCCAAGAAAAUGCAAAUUAAAAUAAUGAGAUCUAUUUAAGCUAGAAAAUUAGCAAAGGUUAAAAAAAACUUAGCAUUGUCAGAGGUGUGAGGAAAUAGGUAAUUUCAUAGUCGAGUGAUAAGAAUAUAAACUGGCAUAACUUGUCUGCAAAGCAAUUUGGCAAGUCUUUUCAAAGUUUGUAACUAUUGACCCAAUUAUGCCACUUUGAGGAAUCUAUUCCAAGGAAAUACUGAGAAACUCUAAAAUUUAUAUAAAAGGUCAUUCAUCAUUGGCUUAUAUAUAAUAACAAAUAAAUAACAAGAGAGGAGAGUUCAAUGAAUUAAGAAAUCAAGUUAUAAUCCUAAAUUUAAAAAUCUGAUGGGUUUCUCAUUUUAAAAUGUAUAUAUAUUUACAGAUACAGGUGUAGGUAUAGAUUAGAUAGAUAGGAUAGAUAGAUAGAUAGAUAGAUAGAUAGAUAGAUAGAUAGAUAGAUUAAAAAGGACGAGAAGGGAAUACCCUCAAAUAUUAAGAGUGGAGAUGAGCGAGCAGAUUACUGGUUUUUCUUAUGGUCGUUAAAAUUUUCCAAUUUCUCUAUAUUAUUAGAUUCACAUAUGUGUUGAAGUUGAUUUAAAAAUAGUAACCUGUUCUCGUCUUUUUAUAUUUGUAUUGUUUCACCCAAAGUAUUUGAAAAAUCUGUUUUUCAAGGGGCAUAUAGGAAGGGUUCAUUCCUGGUCCCCAUCAGUAUCUUUUGCUUAUCCUUGGGGACAGGCACAGGCCAAACCCCGACCAAAGCAGCAAGAAAUUAAGAAUUCAGGGAUGCUUGCUUCAUUCAUAUUUAGUACCAAGCCAUUCACUCUUCCCUUUGUCUUCAUUUUUCUGGCUUCUGUGUAUGCCAUCACGUAAACUGUCCUUUUGGUGUCUAAUCUGUACCUAAUACAGGAAUGACUAUUUCCUUAACUUCUGUGUUUUCUGAGAGGACUAAUUAAUUAUUCCUUUUCAUUAUUUUAUAACUGGUAAGUUACAGAACUAACUUGACUGCAGCCCCUGGUGCCACACAGUAAGAAUGUUUACUUGGUGUGUGCUUGUUCUGAGCUGGCCUAGGCUGAGUCACUGGCAUCCUUGGGCCUGAACACCCACCCCAAUGCACUCCCCUGGUGCCUCAUCAUGGGCCUUCCACGUGAGAGCUGGAUAUGGCUCAAAAGAACCAGACUUCUUGGGCUAUGAGAGGGAACUACAAAGAGGAAGAAAGUGAGAAUAAAGGAAAAGAACCUGUGGAAGGAGAGCGAAAGGCACGGGGACACAUUGGCCACAUGCGCGCGCACACACACACAUGGGGACACACGCACCACAUGCACACACACACACACAACACACACACACACAAAUAUGCAUUUCAACCCAGGCUCUGAAAUUGUGUGAUGGAUAGUGGGUGAAACCUCUGUUCUCAUUACACAUCUGCCUUCAUUAAAGGCCACCAGCGGAAUGGCAAUCCUUUUGGUUUACCAGUUUGGUCAUAGAGUGUGGAUGGCCUUAGCACUUCUGGAAGCAGCCACAGGUCCCAUGCCUGUGAGCCUCCCAUGGAGCUAUGUGCUGUGCACCGUACCGAACACAAGAUGGCAGUAUUACUACAUCUGCGUUCCUACACCCACCCAUCCUCGGUUCCCACACACAGGGCCUGAUGCAAACUGGACACACACACACACAGAGCUGUCCCUCAAAUAAAAUAAUGACACUUUGCCUAUCAUCAAGUGGGACCUGUGUUUGAGACUGAGUUUGCCUCCUUCGUGGGGGUCAAAGGCAGGACAGGCUAUGUGAUUUGUAGGGCCCAGUGCAAAAGGAAAAUGUAGGGCCUCUUGUUCAAAAAGCAGGGAAAAAAGUGCUGUUAAAGGUAGUGAAUUAUGAAGCCUUUUCCUUUCUUUCCUGGACUCUUGACUUGUUAUAGGAUUUUUUAAUUUGCUAUUAAUGUUCUAAGUCAAGACAAACAAAAUCAUUAAAUGUACUUUUAAAUCAUUAGCAUCAAUUUUACCACUCACAGUCAUAUUGAGGAAUGCCAGUUCACAGUGCAAAUGUAAGAGCAUUUAACUCAUAGGCAGAAUCAGUGAAGUUAUACAAUUUUUAUUUUGUUGCUUGUAUAUGCCUAGGUGUUUUGUUCUUACCCGAACAGUGAAAAUAUUGCAUAAAACUAACUCAGUUGCUUUUAUUUUACUUCUUGAUCCAUGCACAUUCUACCAGCACCUUCUGCCUUUGGCUUACUCAUGAGUAAGAGAGGACUGAAAGGAAAAGGAACUGUUGUCCCUUUAGAAUGUCAAUGCUUUCAUGUAUAGGAAGCAAGUGCUAGUGGCCUCUUGGGGCUGCCAGUGUCCCAGCUGACUCAGUCAUCGACAUAGUACUCUUACCUUGGACUCACUUUGAGUCCCAUUCAUCUCCCAUGUAUCAUGGGGCCACCAGAAUUCCAUGUGGAUGGGGCAUCAUACAAAGGGAGCAGCAAGGAACGAUGGGUGCAUGUGUCCCCUCUGCUCAUGCAGAUGUUCCAUUGUCCCAUUGGACCUCACUUACAGACACAAAUUCAAAAACAUAGUGAUUCAGAAUUUCAAGAUAGUGACAGUAAAGCAUUAAACCAAGCACAGGGCUCUCCUGAAUGCAUGGGGAUACAUGCACAGACACACACAAACACACAAGAACGGCAGGGGCUGUGUGACACACGAGUGACAUGCCUGCAAAGCCAGCCCAGGUCACAGGCUCUCAUGAUCUCAGUCACUUGCAUUUUCCCAGUCCACACUUAUAUCUCCAAUGAGUGUUUUCGCCAGGGGCCAGAGCUCCUUCAACCCCACAUGUACCAGUCUGAGCUAGUGAGCAUCCAUUCCUUCAGCAAACAUUUAUUGAGCAUUCCUGUUACGUGUCAGAUACUGUUCUAGGAGCUGGGGAUGCAGCAGGGUACACAGUCCCUGCCCUCAUGGAGCUUACACUGUAGUGGAGAAGGGGGAAGAGCAAUUCGCAAAUCAAUAAAUAUGUGUCAAAUGGAGACAUGCUAUGAAGAGAAAAGCAGAGUAAAAAGAGCAUUAUGGUAGCCGAUAUUGUUACCUAAUGUGGUCAGAGAAGGGCUCUCUGAUGAGCCGGCAUUUGAACAGAGACCUUAAGGGUGUGAGGGAGUGAGCUAGGAGGUUCUGGGGGAAGGACCUCCAGGCAAAAGGAAUGGCAGCUAUGAAGGCUGUGAGUGGGUGUGCAUGGUGUGUCUGAGGGGGAACAGGGAGGCAGCAGCUGGAGCCAAGUGAGUGAGAGGAAGAAGGUAGGUGAGGUCAAAACCGUGGGGGCACAGGGGGAGCCCAUGUAAGGCCUUGCAUUCCCACAUAAACUUCAGUAAAAACUGUCUCCGCUAGAUUGCCUCCUCUCUUCUAAAGGCCUUAUAUCUUGAUGAAUGGCCUCGUUGGGAAUGGGAGUCACCUUUGGCUCCUUUUCUCUCAUGUCUUUAGCCCGACUUCUUGCUCCAGCUACUGCCUGGCUGACCACUUCCAGGCAGGGUGCUACCAGCUUAGUCCAGCUGCAGUGACACGUACCUUGGGUUCACACCAGGAACCUCUCAUGUCUUGCCCUGGGGCUUCUCUGGUGUUGGUGUGGACACCGGAGGAGCCAGGAGCCUGUUCAGCUCUCAUGUGUGCAUAGCUUCAAGUGCAGGGGGAGUGAUGCCCGUGGGGACGCCCUGAACCCAUGGAGAUGGAAGCCUGGGGAUAACACAUUUCAUAAGGCUCCUCGGAAGGCUUUAGCGAGACAUCAAGCUCCAGUCAACCGCAGCAGUGGCUAACUUAGUAGUCACUUAGUGGCAUCCUUGUUUCUCUUUUUCAUUCGUUCUUGUUGCACUGCCCUGAUCCCUCACUCUUGCUCCCAAAUAAACAAAUUGCACACACACCUCUGUCCUGGAUUCUCCUUUCGUGGGUGGCAGGAAUGAAUCAGGCUCAGAUAAAAAAUAUCCCUUCCCACUGAUCAUCCAAAUCUUGUUGAUUCUACUUCAAAUUGUUUCUUUAAUUUUUCCCAUUCCUGCUCCUACUCCCCUGGUUCAGACCCUCUUCAUCUCUUCUCUGUACUAGGACCAACUGGACUCCUACCUGCUCUUUUGCCUCUUCCCCACCCCACCACUUUUUUUUUUUUUUUAAACUUAACCCAUCAUCUCUCCCACAAAAGCAUUCAUCCUUUUCUGCUGCCAGAGUGAAGUUUCUAAGACACUACAGCUACUCAUUUCUGGUACCUCCUUAUCACCUACAAAAUAAAGUUUAAACCCCUUAACAUGAUGUUAUGAUCGCUGUCCAUGCCUGCAGCAUCGUGAUUUUCCAUCUCUGCCCAGAAACACCUCUGACCACCUUGGAUUGUUCAUCUGUCGUUUCCCCUUCAGUGGUUCUUCCUCUCGAAGCCUUUCUUUCUGCCAACCUUUCCAUUCAGUCCCCUUUAGUUUAUCAAAUGCUUAAAUGAACAUAGGCACGUACCAGUUCCUGUCACCCGAGGAGGUGAAGAGCAGGUGAUAAGAUAGAGGAAGGUAGUAUUGCAGAAUAUGUCGCAUGUCAACACAGUCCCAUGUAAAUGUUUUAGUUGGUUUGCCCCAGUUUAGGGACCUGAAUGUACUUUUUCAUCAGGCUAGAAUCACUGCAGGGGUUUUGGUAAGGAGAAAGGACAUUUUUCUUUUGCAGAACUUGAGAUCAUGUGGAAAAAUAAGGCCCUAAGUGGGGGGUAAAUUUAUGGAAAGUCAUCUUUACAUUAAUCUUUAAAGCUGAUGUCUAAAUAAAGACAAUGCGAUUGAGAUUUUGCACAUUUUAAAUUACUAGUAGUGGAUAAAGCACUCAAUUUUCACUUACCAUUCCUGCUUCAAAAAAAGAAGUGUUAAAUUUUCUUCCCAGCAGAUUCAAGGAGAUGCUUGCUUAUUUGUUUUGAUUUGUUGCAGAUAAUAUGCUUGCAGAGAGGUUUUCCUUUUCUGAGUCUCAUUUUCCAUCCACAUAUUCAAUGUCUUCUUGGCUUGCACUUAGGAUUGUUGAUUUUCCACCCCUCUAGUUCUGCCUGCUGGGCCACUGGCUACAGUGUGCAGGUUGGGAUCAUAGGACUGUGACUGGCCAAGGGGGCACAUGGUUCUGAUGCUCAGCCCAUGAGGUUUGCCAGGUUGGGCUCCCUGGCUUGUGGCUGCAUUACAUUUUUAUAAUUCUGUCGUGAUUCAGAGAUGUUAAGUAAGUUGGUGCUUGAGAUAGAAAGGCUUAGGAUAAUCUUAUUUAACCAACGAGGCACAGCUCAACAGGUAAUUGUCAGCCCUUCUACCCAUCUCCCAGGGUUUAUCGCCUCAGGCAUGGCCCUGGUAUCUGUGUGCAGAAACAAACCUGUCAACUCUUCUUUCCAAUCUUAGCAACCUCCUUCCCCUCAGACCAGUUCCCAGUGCUAAGGACCUGGUUACCCUUCCUCCUUGUGAUUCCUGCAGCUACAAUAACAAAUUGUCACGAAACAUAUCCUCUCACAUUUCUGGAGGUCAGAAGUCCAAAGCCAGGCUAUCAGCAGGGCUGCACUCCCUCCAGUGGCUCUAGCAGAGAACCCUGUCUUGCCUCUUCCUCCUCCAGCCUCUGGUGACAGUUGAUGUUCCUUCACUUGUGGCAGCAGCAUCCAGUCUGUGCUUCUGUCCUCACCUAGCCUGCUUUCUUGUGUGUGACUCUGUGUUCUUUCCUGUCUCUCAGUAGAACUUUCUCAUUUAGGGCCCAUCCUAAUCCAGCAUGAUCAUAUUUCAAUCUUUACCUUCAUCAUGUUUUGACAACCUGAUUUUCAAAUGAGGUCACAUUCUGAGGCUGUGACGUGACAUGACUUUGGAGUGGACACCAUCACACUCAUCUGCUUUAACUUUAUCAAGACUUCAAUGCAAGCACAUCUACUUCUUACACCCCCUGUUUUACCUCCUUUUCCUAUUUUCAACUCCCUGUUCCUCUUUUCCUCAUUUACCCCUUUAAGAAUGACUUAUAAUUUGUGUGCACAAGAUUUGACUAUUCUGCAUUUCCGAAGAGAUGUACAAAGUAAGAAAGGCAAAUCCAGAGGCCAGAAGUGAAGCCCGGCCUCUGUGUUUCUAACAUCAAGGAUGCUGCCCUGCCCAGGACCAACACCCGGCAAACUUUGGAUGAUGUCUGUAAGGUGAUGUUCACCAACAUCUUCAACAGUGGGCUGAAAGCCUAGCAGACAUGCUCACUGUCAGUCCUCUGGAAGGCCCAAGAGAGCCCUUGCCUGCUACCUGAAUAGAUGAGGACCUCCAGGGCUACCUGGCCUUUGUGGAUUCCAGACCUCCUGUAUCAGCCGAGCUCCAGGAGAGCCCCAGCAGCGCUCUCUUUUCCUGCUGCCUCAGUGCUCAAGACAAUGGUCUUUUUGAGUGUCCAGCUGAUUCUGUUCCUCACUUCUGCCUCUCCCAUUGUGUGGAUGCCUCUCAUCCCUUGCCUGAGCAGAGUUCCUGCUGGGAAGGGAGGAAAACACCAGGAGUCUCCGUUUGCUCCUCCUCUGGCCUAGACAGGAUUUAAACCCAGGGAGGGAAGCCAAGGAGAGACGAGAACGAGGGACGACCAGCAAGUACCAAGGUCUGCGGCAGGAAGAGACCGGCUCACAGGAGCAGCAGUGUUGGAAGAGGCAGGCACCCAGCAGCCUCCCAGUUUAACCUAGGAGAGACAGACCUCCCUUGUAUAUGCAUGUUCUUGGAUCUGAAGGAGAAAGAGAUACAGAGGUGAAAUCUGUUGCCUACGCCUCCAGUUCAUGGCAUCCUGGAGGGUCUGCUCCCUGUCUUUCCAAGGAUGAGUCUCCAGGAGAUGUUCCGCUUCCCCUUGGGGCUCCUGCUUGGCUCUGUGCUCCUGGUGGCUUCGGCCCCAGCCACUCUGGAGCCUCCCAGCUGCAGCAACAAGGAGCAACAGGUCACUGUCAGCCACACCUACAAGAUCGAUGUGCCUAAGUCUGCCUUGGUUCAGGUGAAGGCUGACCCUCAGCCCCUCAGUGACGAUGGGGCUUCGCUCUUGGCCCUGGGUGAGGCCGGGGAGGAACAGAACAUCGUCUUCAGGCACAACAUCCACCUUCAGACGCCACAGAAGGACUGCGAGUUGGCAGGCAGUGUCCAGGACCUCCUGGCCCGGGUGAAAAAGCUGGAGGAAGAGAUGGUGGAGAUGAAGGAACAGUGUAGUGCCCAGCGCUGCUGCCAGGGAGCUACUGAUGUGAGCCGCCGCUGCAGCGGCCACGGGACCUUCUCCCUGGAGACCUGCAGCUGCCACUGCGAGGAGGGCAGGGAGGGCCCCGCCUGCGAGCAGCUGGCUUGCCCCGGGGCGUGCAGCGGCCACGGGCGUUGCGUGGACGGGCGCUGCCUGUGCCAUGAACCCUACGUGGGUGCCGACUGCGGCUACCCGGCCUGCCCUGAGAACUGCAGCGGGCACGGCGAGUGCGUGCGCGGCGUGUGCCAGUGCCACGAAGACUUCACAUCUGAGGACUGCAGCGAGCGACGCUGUCCCGGCGACUGCAGCGGCCACGGCUUCUGCGACACGGGCGAGUGCUACUGCGAGGAGGGCUUCACAGGCCUGGACUGUGCCCAGGUGGUCGCCCCACAGGGCCUGCAGCUGCUCAAGAGCACGGAGGAUUCUCUGCUGGUGAGCUGGGAGCCCUCCAGCCAGGUGGAUCACUAUUUCCUCAACUACUACCCCCUGGGGAAGGAGCUGUCUGGGAAGCAGAUCCGAGUGCCCAAGGAGCAGCACAGCUACGAGAUUCUCGGUUUGCUGCCUGGAACCAAAUACAUAGUCACCCUGCGUAACGUCAAGAAAGACAUUUUUAGCAGCCCACAGCAUCUACUUGCCACCACGGACCUCGCUGUGCUUGGCACUGCCUGGGUGACAGAGGAGACUGAGCACUCCCUCGACGUGGAGUGGGAAAACCCCUCGACCGAGGUGGACUACUACAAGCUGCGUUACGGCCCCAUGACAGGGCAGGAGAUAACUGAGGUCACUGUGCCGAAGAGCAGUGACCCCAAGAGCCGAUAUGACAUCACUGGUCUGCACCCAGGGACCGAAUAUAAGAUCACGGUGGUGCCCAUGCGAGGAAUGCUGGAGGGCAAGCCGAUCCUCCUGAAUGGCAGGACAGAAAUUGACAGUCCAACCAAUGUUGUCACUGAUCGAGUGACUGAAGACACAGCAACUGUCUCCUGGGAACCAGUGCAAGCUGUCAUAGACAAGUAUGUGGUGCACUACACCUCUGCUGAUGGGGACACCAAGGAAAUGGCAGUGCACAAGGAUGAGAGCAGCACUGUCCUGACGGGCCUGAAGCCAGGAGAGGCAUACAAGGUCUACGUAUGGGCUGAAAGGGGCAACCAGGGGAGCAAGAAAGCUGACACCAAUGCCCUCACAGAAAUUGACAGCCCAGCAAACCUGGUGACUGACCGGGUGACUGAGAAUACUGCCACCAUCUCCUGGGACCCGGUGCAGGCCACCAUUGACAAGUACGUGGUGCGCUACACCUCUGCUGACAACCAAGAGACCAGAGAGGUUCCGGUGGGGAAGGAGCAGAGCAGCACUGUCCUGACAGGCCUGAGGCCAGGUGUGGAGUACACAGUGCACGUCUGGGCCCAGAAGGGGGACCGAGAGAGCAAGAAGGCCAACACCAAUGCCCCAACAGACAUUGACAGCCCCAAAAACCUGGUGACUGACCGGGUGACAGAGAAUAUGGCCACUGUCUCCUGGGACCCGGUGCAGGCCACCAUUGACAAGUAUGUGGUGCGCUACACCUCUGCGGACGGAGAGACCAGGGAGGUUCCGGUGGGGAAGGAGCACCGCACCACCAUCCUGACGGGCCUGAGACCGGGCAUGGAGUACAUGGUGCACGUGUGGGCCCAGAGGGGGGACCAGGAGAGCAAGAAGACUGACACCAAGGCCCAGACAGACAUUGACAGCCCCCAAAACCUGGUGACUGACUGGGUGACAGAGAAUAUGGCCACUGUCUCCUGGGACCCAGUGCAGGCCACUAUUGACAGGUAUGUGGUGCGCUACACCUCUGCCAAGGACGGAGAGACCAGGGAGGUUCCGGUGGGGAAGGAGCAGAACAGCACUGUCCUGACAGGCCUGAGGCCUGGUGUGGAGUACACGGUGCACGUGUGGGCCCAGAAGGGGGCCCAGGAGAGCAAGAAGGCCGACACCAAGGCCCAGACAGACAUUGACAGCCCCAAAAACCUGGUCACUGACCGGGUGACAGAGAAUACAGCCACUGUCUCCUGGGACCUGGUGCAGGCCACCAUUGACAGGUAUGUGGUGCGCUACACCUCUGCCAAUGGAGAGACCAGGGAGGUUCCAGUGGGGAAGGAGCAGAGCAGCACCGUCCUGACGGGCCUGAGGCCGGGCGUGGAGUACACGGUGCACGUGUGGGCCCAGAAGGGGAACCAGGAGAGCAAGAAGGCUGACACCAAGGCCCAGACAGAAAUUGACAGCCCCAAAAACCUGGCGACUGACCAGGUGACAGAGAAUAUGGCCACUGUCUCCUGGGACCCGGUGCAGGCCACGAUUGACAAGUACGUGGUGCGCUACACCUCUGCGGAUGGAGAGACCAGGGAGGUUCCGGUGGGGAAGGAGCACAGCAGCACUGUCCUGACGGGCCUGAGACCGGGCAUGGAGUACAUGGUGCACGUGUGGGCCCAGAAGGGGGACCAGGAGAGCAAGAAGGCCGACACCAAGGCCCAGACAGAAAUUGACCCUCCCAGAAACCUUCGUCCAUCUGCUGUAACGCAGUCUGGUGGCGUAUUGACCUGGACACCCCCAUCUGCUCAGAUCCAUGGCUACAUUCUGACCUACCAGUUCCCAGACGGCACAGUUAAGGAGAUGCAGCUGGGACGAGAAGACCAGAGGUUUGAGUUGCAAGGCCUGGAGCAAGGUGCCACCUACCCUGUCUCCCUUGUUGCCUUUAAGGGUGGUCUCCGGAGCAGAAAUGUAUCCACCACCCUCUCCACAGUUGGUGCCCGUUUCCCACACCCUUCGGACUGCAGUCAGGUUCAGCAGAACAGCAAUGCCGCCAGUGGUCUGUACACCAUCUACCUGCACGGCGAUGCCAGCCGGCCCCUGCAGGUGUACUGCGACAUGGACACGGAUGGAGGUGGCUGGAUUGUCUUCCAGAGGCGGAACACUGGGCAGCUGGAUUUCUUCAAGCGAUGGAGGACCUAUGUGGAAGGCUUUGGGGACCCCACGAAGGAGUUCUGGCUUGGACUUGACAAGCUACACAACCUCACCACCGGCACUCCAACGCGGUAUGAGGUGAGAGUGGAUUUACAGACUGCCAAUGAAUCCGCCUAUGCUAUAUAUGAUUUCUUCCAAGUGGCCUCCAGCAAGGAGCGGUAUAAGCUGACAGUUGGGAAAUACAGAGGCACAGCGGGGGAUGCUCUUACUUACCACAAUGGAUGGAAGUUUACAACUUUCGACAGAGACAACGAUAUUGCACUCAGCAACUGUGCCCUGACACAUCAUGGUGGCUGGUGGUAUAAGAACUGCCACUUGGCCAACCCCAAUGGCAGAUAUGGGGAGACCAAGCACAGUGAGGGGGUGAACUGGGAGCCUUGGAAAGGACAUGAAUUCUCCAUUCCUUACGUGGAGUUGAAAAUCCGCCCUCAUGGCUACAGCAAGGAGCCUGUCCUGGGCAGAAAGAAGCGGACGCUGGGAGGAAGGCUGCGAACGUUCUGAUGGCCUGUGUGAGCAGUCCUCGCAGGAGACAACACAGCUGUGGGAGCUUGGGGCGGGGUGGGUAGUGGUGACUGGGGUCUGGGAGUGCUCAGAGCGUCUGGGUUCUGGGAUCGCCUGAUAGCCCAGAGAACAAAUCAUGUCACCAAGCUUCAAGCCGUUCAAGGGAGGUUCCUUCCCUCUCACCUGCAUUUUUGCCCGUCUUUAUGAGGGUCUUGAAAAUCAAAACAGUAGUUGCAUAGUGUGCGUAGGAAAGGCAGUACUGGAACGGCAAGGUUUCUCACCUUGUCUUCGGCAACAAAUAUACUGGAUUAGGGCAAGAGAAGGAAUCACCCAGCACUUCACCAAUUAGAAAUCUCUGGAAAUUUACAUCUAUGUAUUAAAGCUCUGCUAAUGCAAAUCUUUUCUCUGGAAAGAAGCACAGAGGAGGGGUUCUCAUGACCCAAGGGUUAGGGCUGAGGCAACCGGACAUUUGUCAACUCCUUUCCCACUAGGUUUUUAGGAAAACAGUGUGAACCUCCCCCUUUUAAUUUCUGGUGUUAUGAGGAAGAAUAAAGGGAAUAAAAGGGGCUAAGAUGGACUCACGUUUAGCUCAGUUCUGACUAGUAUCCAGCAUGCUGGAGACCAAAGCUGCCACCUUACUGCUAUUUUUAAGCGCCCUCUUUUCAGUCAUUUGCAUAAUUGCAUCCAUAGAACUGCAUAUGUUGUGAAUAAAUUCUCACUCAUUUCAACUUUGAAUAAUUUGACUCUCUUGAUAAUUGGUUCCUCCCAAAGACUCUUCUGCAACUCCCGUUCAUGCCUACCAGGCUUCAGACUCCCUCUUUUCCCCGCCUGCACUGUUGGAGCCCUGGGUUUUCUGGGAGUGCUCAGCACCGUGAGUCUUACUGUUUGAUGGAACAGUUGGCAAGAUCAGAUCCUUUUUGCUUAUUUUCUAUCAUUUUGGAGGCUUUUCUGUAGCAAAGUCAGUGACCAAUGAAGUAACUUAAAUUCCUAUUGAAGAAAAAAAAAAAAACCCUUGAUUUAAAAAAAAAAAUAUUGCCUUGUGUUAUUUCCCCCCACAUAAGUGCCCUUGAAUUCUAAAUUGAACCUAAGUGCAAGUUAAGGUACAAUUUGUGUAUUGUAAUGGAAUUUGGUUGGCUGUGGACUCUGAUUUGCAUAAUGGGAAAUAAUGGUAUUUAGAAUACAGAAGUGAGUGAAUGGGAAGGAAGGCAAUGCCCUGAAAGCUGCCAUACCCCUCCAGGACAAGGGUGUAGUCUAUGGCCUAGGUGUCUCCACGUUUUAACCUCUGGGUAAGUGUCAGACCAUACUCCUGAAACCGUGUCUGUCAAUCUUUAAAGUCUUCAGCACCCCCUCUGUUGCCUUCCUUCCCCAGACACACACAUUGAGCAAUGCCAUGGUAACUGCUUGCUCUGACAAUGAGUGGUCUCAGUGAAAUACAGUUUUAGUGUUGACGCUGAUGAUGAAAAAAUGUACCUGCAUGUUAUUAAUUGAUUCAACAAGAGUUUAUUAAGUGUUUGUCUGCUUUGUAUCAGGCAGUGUGCCUGGGGAAACAGAGAUGAGCAAGAUAGACACUAUCCUUAUAUUAA